AUGGAGAAAAUCAUCUACGACUUCUACUCUGAUCUCAUCGACAGCCAUGUCCAUUUACCUCCUCACCAUCUGAGGGAAGACGGACAUGACAUUCCAGAGGUUCUCCCAUCCGAAAUACGACAUGCUAUCAUGUCGGUAAGAAAUCGUACGGCACCCGGUCCCGACAGAAUAAGACCAGAACACCUGAAGAACCUUCCGCCAGCACUCAUCAACACCCUGGCGAGGCUCUUUACACGUUAUCUGUCGGAAUGCAGGGUUCCUAAACAAUGGAAGACCAGCAAGACCGUGUUGUUGUAUAAAAAGGAAGAUCCACAUGACAUCGACAACUAUCGUCCAACUGUCUCUGCCUACUGUCCGUCAUCUACAAGCUCUUUACAAGAGUGA